GUAUGUGAAAAAGGAGACUUUGAUUCAUGUGGCGUUGAUAUUGCAUUUGUGUGUCAAAUAAUAUUCUAUAUGGACCUCGAGCUUGGGAAAAUCAUCGUGUUUUUUUCGGACAUGGGGUUUUUCAUCCGAAGCACAAUUUCCAGUUUUUCCUGAAUUUCAAGAAUAAUCAUAUUUUUUUUGAGAGAUAUACCCUUUUGGUUAGUCAAGAUCCUAUCUUUAUGUGUGUAUUUUUUUGUGAUUUGGGGGAUGUAUGUAAUUUUUAUUGCGGCAAUAAUUACUAUUGUUUGGUGGGGAAUGAGGCUUUGAAGGAAGGUGGAGUUUGACUUUAAAGCUGAAAGGGUUUUUGGUUCUGCUGUUUUGGGAAUUUUGUAGUCAUAUUUUAACGAGGUAUGGAACAGUUUCCGUAGUAUUGAUGGAUUCAAGAUUGAUAUUGUGAUUGUUUUGCUAGUGUCUUCAAGUUUCAAAGUGGGUACUUGAUUUCUAGAGGUGUUAGUUCUAUUAUAGAUUUCGAUAUCGAUUAGUUUUGAUGGUUGUUGAAGCUUGAUGGAGAUGGAGUUCGAUUCCUCUCUCUUCCUAGUUUGAUGGGGUUAGGGCUUUUUUCUGAUAUUUCGGAGGAAAAUCUUGAUUGAGAAGUAGAAAAUCGGUGAAUUAAGAUAGCAAAAGCUUGUAAGAAUGGAUGAAGAAGCUAGUUCUUGGAUUAGGAGAACAAAAUUCUCUCAUACUGUUUACAACCGUUUGGAUACUUCCAGAUUGACCUCUAUUUCUGUUGCACCUCUGCCAACUCGAGUUUCGAGUCUCAAAUCGAGACCCGAAUCCACUUCUAGUCUGCUGAAAGCAGGGCCGAAUGUUGUCCAAGUUCAGCAAAGCCUUGCCAAGAACAAGCAUCGGGCUGUGUCUCCCAGCCCGGAAGUGAAGCUCUCCGACACCUUUGAGGAAGCCCGGUCCAUCCAGAGGAGGUUCUCGACCCCACAUCCGCGGAGGAAAUAUCAAGAGAAGGGGAUUCAUGGGAAGUUGGUUCCUAGAGAUGCCCUAGAAGCUACUCGUACUCCGAAAAAUCUUGGGUCCAAGUCACCGAGUAAUACUAGUCCUCUUAGGCACUUUGCCUCCGUUAAGUUUCAUGAUAAGACCAAGAGUCAUAAAGAAUCAACGUGGACUAAGUAUUUUGAUCAUGGUGCUGGGAGGGUCACCUCUGUGGAAACUGCAGACGAGCAUACAGUUGAUCUCUCAAAGUUAUUUCUCGGCUUGAGAUUUGCUCAUGGGGCACACAGUCAGCUUUACCAUGGGAAUUAUAAGGACGAGGCUGUUGCAGUGAAAAUUAUCAGAGUUCCAGAUGAUGACGAAAAUGGAGCCCUUCGUGCUCGGUUGGAGAACCAGUUUAGCCGAGAGGUUACUCUCUUGGCUCGUCUCCACCAUCCGAAUGUAAUAAAGUUUGUAGGGGCAUGUCGAGAGGCACCAGUAUAUUGUGUCAUAACAGAGUAUUUGCCUGAGGGAUCGUUGAGAUCAUACUUGCAUAAGCUUGAGCAGAAAACUCUUCCGUUGCCAAAGUUAAUCUCCAUGGCUUUGGACAUUGCAAGAGGAAUGGAAUACAUCCACUCACAGCGAGUUAUUCAUAGGGAUCUCAAGCCAGAAAAUAUUCUCUUAACUGAAGAUUUUCACCUUAAAGUUGCUGAUUUCGGUAUUGCCUGCGAGGAGGCAUGCCGUGAUCUUCUGGCAGAUGACCCGGGUACUUACCGUUGGAUGGCUCCAGAGAUGAUCAAAAGGAAGCCCUAUGGGAGGAAAGUCGAUGUAUAUAGCUUCGGUCUAAUUCUAGCGGAGUUUGUGGCUGGGAAAAUCCCUUAUGAAGAUAUGACACCUAUACAAGCUGCUUUUGCUGUGGUGAAUAAGAACUUGAGGCCUUUUGUUCCGGUGGAUUGCCCACCUGCCAUGAAGGCUUUGAUUGAACAAUGUUGGUCUUCACAACCUGAUAAGAGGCCUGAGUUUUGGCAGAUUGUCAAGGUACUUGAAGAGUUUGAGUCUUCAUAUGCUCGUGAUGGAACCCUGAAUCUGGUACAAAACCCGACUUGCCAAGACCAUAAAAAGGGGUUGCUUCAUUGGAUUCAAAAACUCGGUCCUAUUCACCACACUUCUUCUUCGCCCAUGCCGAAACCUAAAUUUUCCUGAUUUUUUGGGUGAUCUGGCUUUUGUAGUGUUACUAGGUCCCGUUGUAAUUAGAAAAGGUCACAAUAAAUGUUGUUUUCUUCUACUUCAUUUUAUUUUUGAUAUUGUAAUUUACAUUUUAGCUGUAUCUGAAAUUUUAGAUCUAGGCCUGCACUUGUGCAAAUACUUUUCUGCAAGCUGAGUGCAUCCUGUGCAAUCAUUUGCUUUUAACUAUGGUUGCAUUUAUCAGUUGUUUUCUCUUUUAGACUAAA